AAAAAAAUGACAAGGCCGGCGUCGAAGUGAUCUACUGAGCAUGCGCGUGGCUGUGUCGCUGUGAAAACAGGACGGGCAGCUGUUGUUGCUGAGCAGGAGAAAGAGCCAAAACAAGGGCUCCUUCUUUUUCUGGAGGGGGAAAAGACUCCAUUGCAACGCUGGUGAAGGGCCCACGUUUGCAAAAGAGAGCAGCCUGAAGAAGCCUCAGACAUGGGGAAAUCAUUUUCAAUGCCUUCACAUGCCUUUAAAGAGGAUGGGAUUUCAUCGUCUGACAACAUGAGGAAUGGAUUAGUUCACUCGGAAUCUCACAGUGAAGAUGGAAGAAAUGGAGAUGUGUCACAAUUUCCAUAUGUUGAGUUUACUGGAAGAGACAGCGUCACAUGCCCCACUUGUCAAGGGACAGGGAGGAUCCCUCGUGGACAGGAAAACCAGCUUGUUGCCCUGAUUCCAUACAGCGAUCAGAGGCUGAGGCCAAGAAGAACAAAACUUUACGUGACUGCCUCUGUAAUCGUUUGCUUGCUACUCUCUGGCCUGGCGGUAUUUUUCUUAUUUCCGCGAUCUAUUGAUGUGGAAUACAUCGGAGUCAAGUCAGUAUAUGUUAGUUACGAAGCACAGAGGCGCAUCAUAUAUUUAAAUAUUACGAAUACAUUGAACAUAACAAACAACAAUUAUUACUCUGUUGAAGUUGAAAACAUUACAGCCCAGGUACAGUUUUCAAAGACUGUUAUUGGAAAAGCACGAUUAAACAAUAACACCCAUAUUGGACCCUUGGAUAUGAAACAGAUUGAUUAUAUGGUGCCAACUGUUAUACAAGAUGAGAUGAGUUACAUGUUUGAUUUUUGUACCCUAGUUUCUAUCAAAGUACAUAACAUAGUAGUCAUGAUGCAAGUGACUGUGACCACCUCAUAUUUUGGCCACUCUGAACAAAUAUCUCAAGAGCGAUACCAAUAUGUAGACUGUGGAGGAAACACAACUUACCAGCUGGGACAAUCAGAGUAUCUAAAUGUACCUCUGCCUCCUCAGUAAAGAAGGAGAGAGAUACCUGUGUGACAAAAGAAAAUGACUGUUGGUUCUUUCAUUUACCAUCAGAAGUUGGACUUUCAACCAUGUCUGGUACUACUGAAAGAGGUGGAUGGAUACAUAUAUGUUAGACUUGAAGGCUUUUAUAUUUUGAGGCAUGAACAGAAAGGAAGCAGUUUGUAUAUAUUCACACUUCAUAUUUCCUUCCCUUCUACUCCAAGUGUGUAUGUAUUAUUUCAAAUUGUUAACACUAAGGGAUGGGCAAACUCAAAUAUACUUGUAUUUCCCUGUGGAAAUAAAGCUUCAUGAUAUGUAAGUCAGUAUACAAUCAUUAAAUUGUAUACAUGACAGUGUGCCACUAACAAGCAUAUAAUGAAAUAAGCUAAUGACAUGAUAUUUUCAGUACUUCUGACUUAGCAUAGAUGAAGGUCUAAUCUGUUACAUGAAACCAGUGUGGUCGUAUUGUAGGAUUAGAGGACAUAUUUGUAUCUAAUAAUUUAAAUCACAACUCUGUUAUCAAUGUUGGAAUUAUGUUUUUAAAAGAUCCCAUUCAACUGAAGUACUUGUUAUUAUCAGUUAGCUUGAGAAACUGAAUACCACUUGAUUGGUUCAUAUUUGUAGUAAUGGAGAUAAGAAGGGGAGUAAAAUACAGUGCAUUAAAGAAAACCUAAUUUUUAUAGAAGUUGAAGCAUACUUAUUGAUCCUUAUAAAGUGGUUGGUGGCCUGCGUGCUUUUCUCAGAACUCUUUCAAUUUCUGCACAAGUUCACUUCAUUGUAAUUUGGGUCAUAUUUAACUGUAGACUUCUGACAGAAGCAAAUGUAAAAUGUAUUAGUUGUAGCGGAAGAACACUUUGGCAUAAAUAACCAGAUUUCAGAGUUCUCGUAUAUCCGUAUUUUGUCUUUAAGAGCUUGUGUGUCUGUGGGCGUCUGUGGGUGCAAGUAUACUUCCACAUGUUGAUCAUCAGUGAGAAUUCAUUCAAGGAACAAAUGAUCAGUUCUAGAAUUGCUGGCUUGACAACUCCUUUCCACCUUCCAUUUGGAAGUCAAAUGAUUAUAAUGAUUAAAUGACUGUAUCUGUUACUCCUAGGAAUACUGGCAAGGGAAACAGAAUUACCAGUCACCUGUCUAUCACGGGUUCCCUUUUAAGGAUAUCAUUGUAGUUUUGGAAGCAGCUGCUCCAUAAGAGCUCCCGUGCCAUCAUAGCUGUAUAGAGAUAGGGCCUUUUGAGUAUAAUGUGGACAUUUUGGUGAAAGGUACAAUAUUACACUGUCAUUUGCUGUUACACUUUUUACACUAGGUACGCACUGUAUUUUCAUUUGAAUGGGAUCUAGCUAGCAAACUGGGGAAAGUCUGUUCCAUCAUAACAGCAGUCCCUCUUUGCUAGGCAACAAAGUUGUUACUAAAAAUUAUGAAAGACUAGAUUAAAUGUCAUGCAAUUUCAGUAUUUUGAAGUUCAUUGGGUUCUAUGAAAAAAAUUGUAAGCUAAAUGUGAUCAUGCAGAUCAGUGUAGUUUGGAGGUGUUUAGUUCUGGCUUGGAUCAUGUCCAUUUUUGCCUAUAUCUUAUGUUUGCACUUACAAAUGUAAAUAGUCCCAGAUCCUGGGUAACAAACUUGUAAAUUCUUACUUUUCUGUUUAAUAUUAAUGCUUAUAAUGUCCUUUACUUGAUAGCCAUCAUUGUUACAAGCUUUGAUGGCAGAAAGAAAUCUGUAUAGGUUUAUAUCUGAAAGCUUGGGUUUUCUGCAGUAUGGCAGAGUAUGUUAUUGCUAAUUGGCAUAAUGCCUAUAUAUUGAUGUGUUAGUAUUUUGCUGUGUAUCAUUUCUGGAAUCAGUUUAGCAAACUAUAAUGGGGAAAUUUCUCAUGAGAACACUUUUUAACAUUCUUUCUGCUCUGAACAGAGAGCAGUUAUGAAUAGCUUUGUUCAAAUAAGGAAACCACUCUUGGACCAAAAUGAAAUAAGUGGAUUACAACAGACAGUUAGUGAAGCCUUAAAAACAGGGUGGUGGGUGUUUAUUUUUUAAGUUUAUAAACAAAAGAGUAGCAGGUUAUUAAUUCCAAAAGUGUCAUAUUUUCUUUAUACAAGAUGUCUUAAUCCUUUGAUCAAAAAUGCUGUUUAAAAAGUUGUACAACAAAUGUAACCUAAGGACAGGAUAAAUAAAAAACCUCAAAAAUAACUUUUCUAAUUCAUGCUGUAACAAUUGUAGGUUUAAGAUAUAAAGAAAUAAAUGGUUGUAAAUGGUCAAGUCUUCUUUAGUAGCCUAUAGAAAAUUUAUGAGGUUUAUACAUUAAGAUAAAGGAUAGCAGUGAAGAAUAUAAAUUGUUCAGUGCAUAGGAGUGUUAAAAACACAACCACCAUAUAGAGUAAGAUGGAAAUAACAGUAUUUUCAAAUGAUACGACUAAAAUGACACAAACAGAACCUGGCACAUACAACCUUUAUAUAUCACCUAUAUACCUUUAGAUGAUAUUAGUUUUGUUGAAACUUUUAAUGCUGUGUUUGAAAGAAAAUAAUUUUCGAGCUCAUAAAUUGCUAUAAGGAUUUGAUUGUACAACACUUUUAGGAGAAAGGUCAGAGUUGCAGAUAAGGUGAAUAUGGAAUGGAUACAUUUUUAAGAAAGAUCAAUUCCUGAAUCAAAAAGGUCCUUAAAGAAGCAUUUAAGACCAUUAUAAACUGGUUUGACUGGAAGUGAUCCAUGCAGGGUAUGAGUGUUUGGGAAAGAGAAUUUAGUUGAAUAUCCCUUUAGCCUGAUUCCUAUCAUGACCUGAAAAUGAUAUGUUGCACUUCAUUAUUUCUGUUCUGGGUACAAUAGGAGGUUCAUUUAUAUCUUACAGUUUCUGAGGAUAUAUGCAUGCAUUGUUUUCACCUUGAAAGAGCUGCCUGUGCUGUUCGAAAAACAUCCCCACUAUGGAUAUUAAUUAAAUUCUUAAUAGCUUUCAUUAAGAAUAUUCCACUUUAAAUUGAUAAAAUAUGGCAGUCUUCACAUUGCACUGUGACGACUGAAAUUGUACUAGGAAAGGGAAAGGCAUUAGGCAAUUCAGUGCAAAUUAUUUAAGCCGAUAUUGUCUAACGUAGGAAACAAUUUACAAUGAUCCUGAAUUCAAUCACUAUACAAUCACAGUUCAUUUUUACCCCCUUAAUGAUGCACAUCUGUCCGAUAAAAUGUAAUUUCAGCACUGUUCUUGAAUUCCAUCUCACUUGUAAUAUAAGAUACCAUUGGGUUUUUUAAACAUAUUUUGAGGUUCUUUUAAAUGCACUUUGUGUGUAAUGUACAUAUUUCUGUACAAUUUUAUAACUAUUUUGGUAUGAUUCUAAUUUAUCCUUUGAUGCAGCGAAAUAAAGCAACUGGACAUAGUUUGUAAAGAAUGAGCUACUCAGCAUAAUUCAAUUCAAAUAUAAUGCUAAAUCGGAAUGUAGUGGUAUAAGAGAAAGCUGUAAUAAGAUUCCAACUAAUUUGAAUUGGCUGUUUUGAAGAAGCUGCACUUUUUCUAAGGCUGUAAUGAAAAAUGGUCCGUUUAUUCAUAUGAGUGUUUUCAGCCUCUGUUUAUAUCAAUAGAGUUGGAGUGCUAGGGGUUCAUUGCAGUCUAUUCCCAUAAUGCUAAACUAUGUCUUUUAGCCUUAUAUUUAAAGACUCAGGCCAGCAUUGCUGCCAUACAAACUUGGUGAACAUGGUGAUAAGUAAUGUAGACCAGUGUAUUUAGGGUAAAAGAGCAUAGACAUUUAUGAAAAUAGUUAUAAAAUUAUUUAGCUCACAAAGAUCUAUUGUGCAGAAAGAAUCAAAGUAGCAUUAUUCUUUGCUAUCACACAUGUGUCUUGAAUGCCUUUUUUCCUUGGCAUUGUGAUUUCUAAAACUUUGCCACCACAAAUAGAAAAGCUGUUCCUGAUAUACAGAUGAAAUAUGCAAAGCAUAUUAUAUAAUUGUUAAUAUUGCUGAAUGUCUAUGUGUCAUUUUAUCCUUGUCUAGAUUAGACUGGGCACAUCUGUAACAGCACAGCCAAGUUCUUCAUUGUUGAAAGUAAGGUAAACCAUAAUCAAUCCUAGCUAUUUCUUCUUCAUAAAAAGUAAUGUCGUGACCUGCUUUUUAAAGAAGAUGUGAAUUUACCACUAUGAGUGCUCAUUGUAUAAAAUUACAUACAAUUUAUGUAUAGAAAUAAUAAAAUAUAAGAACUAUUUUUGUAAUUUUCAGAAUGAUAAUAGCUCAUGUAAUUGUGUGGCAAACUGUAUGCAGUGUUUUGAAGCAUGACAAAUAAAAGUUCUCUGUGCCAUUGUU